AUGUUGAUAGAGGCGCCGCCCACCGAUCUUGGCCAUCAUCCCUCUCGGGUCUGCUGUUCGCCGCGGUCAUUGCUACGCCUCUUCUUGGCGUCCAGUGCCUCCACCUUCGUUCUUGCGGUCUUCUCCGGAAUUUCGUUUGGAUUGAAUAUCAGAAUUGUUGUUAGUUACUGUCCAGCAAGUUCGGGACCGGUUUCGGCAAGAUGUGGUUUCCAGACAAGUAGACAUGUCAACAAAAUAGCCUUUGCAUUAGAUACAGGUGGGGUAUCUAGUAGUGGUGGGGGAGACAAUGUCGAUGAUGGUGAUGAGUCCAAUCUGGGUCGUACUCGAUUAGGCAGGCUAGUUAGUUCAGGUGCCAGACAGUUGCUGGAAAAACUGAACUCAGCAAGAAAAAACUUCCCUACAAAGAUAUUUUUGCUUCUUUUGGGUUUCUACACAGCGAAUGCACUUGCUACAAUUCUUGGACAGACGGGUGAUUGGGAUGUUUUGGUUGCUGGUGUGGUGGUUGCUGCUAUUGAAUGGAUUGGUAUACUCAUGUACAGGAAGCCUCCACCUCUAUUAACUAGGAGGUUGAAAUCAUUUAUUGUGAUGGUUAACUAUUGGAAAGCUGGUGUGUGCUUAGGCCUCUUUGUCGAUGCGUUCAAAUUAGGGAGUUGAAAGAUGUUGCUUCCUCAAUUGAAAAAAAAAAAGGGAAAAGUAAACAAACAAAGAAAGUAAAACAGGAAAAAGAAAAUUGAUCUUAGCCGGGAGGACGUGAGAGUCAUCCUCUAAAGUAGUCUCCAACUUUGGAGAAAUUGAAGGCUUUUGAUGGGCAAUCAAUGGGGGCUGGUGCUGCUUCAAUCCAGAUCUUCCCACUAUUUGAAUAAAACCCCCUUUAUUCUUUUAAACACAGAGAGCAAGAGAUUUGGGUGAUUAAUGUGAAUUUUAAGCAUGCAUUGGUUAUAGAGAGAAUAAUGGUUCUCUUUAUAUACAUUAUAAGAAAGAAAAGUUGGUGAAUAGAAAUAGGAGGCUUUGGUUGUCUUGAGGGAGAACACUGGUGGUAAACAUCAAAGGCCAGGUGGGAAUCUUCGCAAAGUUUAAAGGGCUAGAAAGUAAUUUCAUUGGGUGUAACCAUCAGUUAUUUUCUAUGUUUGGUUCAUGGGAAAAACUACAAAGUUGUUAACCAUCACCGUCAUAUUUGGUUUUUGUCAUAAAUUUAGUAGUCGAGAUUCAGUCUGUUCUUAAUGUAUUUGAUUCGAUUUUUUUCCCAUUUA